AUGGGACCUCAACUAGUCCCAAUUGAAAAUAUGUAUGAUAGUAAUAACAUACCUGAUGUUAUUUAUCAAGAUGAUAUAAGCAAGUGCGAUAAUGAAGAUAAUGUAUCAGCAAUACCACCAUGCAGUAUGGAGGAGAUUGCCAGCACUUCCACCUGCAGUGUCUUACCAAAUAUAAUAAUUAGAGAUAAUGUGUCAACCCCAAAAAAAAGAGAUUGGGCAACUGCUAAUACUACCCCUUCAGAUUUUAUUCAAGAUGAAAAAGAUUCAUCACAAGGUGGGUGUUUAGCUGCAAAAACACCAAAAAUAAAGAAAAAAAGUACGGAAUCUGAUGAUUUGAUGGAACUAAAGAAGAAAGUGCAGUUGAGGAAACUCGAAAUACUUAAAAUUGUGAAGGAAAAGGAAAUAGUGGAAUUAGAUCUUAAAAGAAUAGAUUUAGAAAUAAAAAAAACUGAUUUGGAAAUUAAAAAAACUGAUUUGGAAAUUAAAAAAAAAGACUUAUUAAAUAAAUAA